AUGGCAAAGAAGUCAGUUGCUUGUGAAAAGUUUGAAGCGCCCGUUGUUUGUGCUCUUCGCAGCUUAGACAUAGAAAACAAAAAACACAUCCCUUGGGCCGUGUGGCCCUUUGGCCGUUGGGCCACGGCGCAAGCCGACCAGGCUUCCAUGGGGCUUCAUGUCCAACUCGUGGUACUGCUACCCUCGAUCGCCAUGCUGCUGGGCUCCAUGGCGGUCUUCGUGUGCCGACUGCCUGACAAGAUCCAGGCCGCCUUCCAGAUGUUCUCGGCAGGGCUUCUUAUCAGUGCGGUUGGCAACGAGCUCCUGCCGCUGCUGACACCUCCCGCCGGUCCUGGGCCUGUGACGUCCACGCUGGCACUGGUGGUGGGCUUCGCAGUUGGCCUGAUCUUCAUGUUUGGCCUUGGCUACCUGACAGAGAGCAUGGAGGAUGACGAGGAGGAUGAGGAGCCAAAACACAAAAGAACAUACAGUGACAUCGAGACAGCGCUGCUCGGUGUAAACGAAGAUGACCGCUCAAAAGCCAAGGAUAGCUUCGUAGCGGAGACCGCGGAGAUCCGACAGGAGGUUCAGCGGUUGCAGACGGCCUUGCAGACGGGUUGCCAGAAUGGCAUCGACGAGAUCCUGCAUGGCCUUGAGUACCGAGUUCACAGGGCCACUCGCGUCCUCUUUGUCCGCACAGGGAUCGACGAUGGCAACCUGAAGAGGAUGCGGGAACAUGGACAAGAGCUGCAUCAGGCUUCAGAGAAGCUUGCAGGGUUCGACAACUUCCAGAAGGCCAAGGACGAUCUCAAAGCUUUUCAGGCCUGCCUCGAGCAUCUGCACGGUCACGCAGAGCGUGUUCCUCAUUUCCGGCGGUGGAAGGCCCGGUCGAAGCCAACCCAGGAAAUGGAGCUACCGGAGGAGUUGCCCCUGACCUUGGUGGCCGCGGUCACUGUAGAUGCGGCAGUGGAUGGGCUGUUGAUCGGCCUGUCCUAUGCAGCAUCCCCAAGUGCAGGAAUUGCCAUGGCUGCAGCAACUUCCAUUGAAAUGGGCUUCUUGGGCCUGUCUUUCUGCGCCUCCUUGCAGAAUGCGACACGUUCGGCAUUGAAGAUCGUGGUUUUGGCUCUCCUGCCACCUGUGGUCCUCGUGCUCUCUGGUGAGGCAGGACACAGGCUGGGCAGGAUGUGCUCCGAAAACCCCGAGGUCUUCAUUGCUUUCAUCAGCUUUUCGAUCGUUGCCCUGCUGUUCCUCGUGACGCAGGAGCUCCUGAUCGAAGCACAAGAGGUUGCAAGGGGGUCCAAAGCCAUCAACGCCGUCUUCUUCGUGGGUCUCCUCGCCGGGAUUCUCUUGGAGAAGUUCCUGGGAUGA